AUGGGCAGCCAUGUGGCUUCUCCUGUUUGUCUACCACCGCGUCGAGAUGACCCAGUAAACACCCAAUGCAUAGUCAUGGGCUGGGGGAAAAUAGAAGGCGGUAAAAAUGCAAAUCAUCUAAGAGAGAGAACUGUGACCAAAGUAGAAAGAAGAACUUUUGGACAUAAAGCAAGUGAAGAAGGCAUGUUCUACGAGGUGGAUGAGCCUACAACUUGUGGGGGUGAUGCAGGUGGACCACUGCUGUGUCCAGUUGAAGGCAAUGAAGAAGUUUUACUGCAGUUUGGAAUCAUUGCUUGGUUUUAUGACACUGACACUCCCGUCGGUGAUGAUUGCACCGGUGGUGGUGCAUCUUUUUCCAAUGUAGCACCUUUCAUUGCCUGGAUUAAAAAAAUUGCCGAUGAAUAA